GGUCGUGUUAAGUGUAACGUCCCUGGUUUGUUCGAAUGUUAAGUGUGACCGGGACCGACCUUGGGACCAGAUAAGUGCUUCGCAACGCUGUGGAUGGCCUACAUGGAUUACUCGACGAAAGUCACUGUCAACGCUGGUCCCAACCAGGAGAACGACAACGAGGCUCAAGCAGAUGCCGCAUCGCCACCUUCUAACGUGGAUCUGCCAGAAAGCGCGCACCCCUGUCCCGCGUGUCCAACUGUGCUGUCCAGCUUGCACGAGCUGACGAACCACCUGCGCGGCCACAACUCUCCCCGUAGCACGGACUGCAGCAGCGAGGACGACUAUUGUUGCGGGGUUUGUAACAAGGUGCUGAGCUCAGCGAGCUCAUUGCAUAGGCACGUGCUGGUGCACUCGCGCGAGCGUCCAUUCAAAUGCAAGCAUUGCGAUAUUGCAUUCACCACGAACGGUAACAUGAACAGGCAUCAGAGGACAGCGCACAGAUCGACAACACCACAUAGAUCAACGCCAUCACACAGGUCAACGCCACCACACAGUUGCACGGACUCGGAGGGUAGCAGCGAUUCGGACAAGCUAUCGAAGCGCCCGGAUAUCGAGGAAUAUAACAACAACGAGAUCGCGAAACGGAACUCGCCGGAUUUCAUCGACCGACAGGAGAAAUCGCCGAACCUGAAACGGAAGGCAUUGGACAACCCGAACGACGAGGAGAAUUGCAAGAGGCACAAAACUCUGCUGAAUAACGUCCGAGCAGAGAUCAAGACGAGGCCGGAGGACAACCCGACUGUCUUCAACUGCCCUGUGUGCGAUAGACAGGACUUCGCAACCACCGCACUACUAGAGGCUCAUCUGGAGCGCAAUCAUCCUAGCUACGAGGCGAAAUGCGAAUCCUGCAACCUGUCCUUCAAAAGCCACCGUGUGUUGAAUCUCCACCGAUUCAUGAUCCACUUCAUGGAGUACUCGAUGAGCACCGCCAGCCAUAAGUCAGUAAUCGGUUUCAACGAUCUGACCUUCGUGGAUUUUUCCUCAGGCAAGUUUACUGCAAUUGCACGAGCCGUCUGCGAACAGUCAGUUCAUGUGCCUGCUUCCGGCGAGAAGGCAACAUUCCAAUGUACUAAGUGUCUUCGAGCAUUCCCUUGUAGAACGGCGGUAGACGAACACGAGAUCGACUGUGGCACGGCGGCUAACGAACACGAGAUCGACUGCGACACGGUGAGCUCCCAGGCCAGGGUGAUCGACGACAUCCAGUCGAAGAGGGACGACUUCUUCGCUGGCCUCGACCUGCAGAACAAGGCUGCUAUGACCGAAGCCAAGGAAGGCAAAGAUCUGGCCGACAUCCAGAGCAUCAUCUCAGUCACAUCCGGGCCGAUUCUGCAGAAUUUUCCAAGGUCAGACGCGAGUACUCCUGAAAACAACAUCAAGUUUAAUCUGAGCGUCAGCUCGUCCGGUUCAUCCGGCACGUUCUCUUCGGAGUGUAACGAGGAGGAGUUGCAGGACGCUUUCGCGGCUGAAUUUAGAAAGAUGAAGCUGAAAGGCGAAUUCCCGUGCCGUCUUUGCACCGCAAUAUUCCCAAAUUUGAGAGCGCUGAAGGGCCACAACAGGGCGCAUAUGGGCGUCGGUCCAGGUAUGCCUUAUCCGUGCAAUAUGUGCGCUUACACCAGCACCGACAAGGCCACCGUGGUGAGACACUUGAGAACCCACAACGGGGACAGGCCGUACGAGUGCUCGUUGUGCAACUACGCGUUCACGACCAAGGCGAACUGCGAGCGGCACGUGAGGAACAGACACGGUAAGCUCAACCGAGAGGACAUCAAGAACGUGCUGAUCUACCACCCGAGCGAGGACUCGACCACGGACAACGUGGGUCGAAACUCGCCCAGGGUGAUCAAAGAGGACUUGAGGAAAGGUUUGAUGUAUACUACCGAUGAGCUGCAUCAUCAGACGCAGAUGCAUUAUCCGUCGGUGCCGAUGGAGGGCCGCGGCGAAAUCCGAAUAAUCGAGGAGGCGAAGCUGCAUAACUCGUUGUCCUUGCACAGCGACUACGAGAAGGCCGUAAGCUUCCCGAUGUCGGGUCAGCAGGCAAUCGAGUUAACGCAGAACGUGGACGAGAGAAAAUCCGGGGACAUCAAGCAGCAGGACUACACGAAGCUCGAGGAGGACCUUGAGUCGAGAUCAUCGGAGGGUUGUAUAUCACUAGUCAGCGAUACCAAAUCCGAUUCGUACCAAAGAAUACAAGCUAGUCCGAUAAACCUGAAGAAGCGUCUGGCGGUGUCGGAGGCGGGAGGCGAGGACGGUCCUCUGGAUCUGUCGAUGGACGUUCUGGAUCUCAGCAAGAAAAAGCGCAAACAGGACGGAAACUGCUCGGCCACGCAGGAUCGGUACGAAAAGGAGGCAAAUCAGCAGAUCCAGCAACAGAUGAUACUGACCGAAAUUCUACUGAAGUCUGACCAGGUGCGUAACGCGGCGGGGAAGGGGGUCUACCCCAACACUCCCCUGUUCUAUCGCACGUACCCUGACAACUCAAGUCAGAGGAUACUGCCGCCGUUUUUUUUCACACCACACGUGUUCGGACAGGAAUUAGCGUUGAAGGAGAGGCUCCAUAAGGAAUUGGUCAGAGGCUUGCAAUUGACCAGCGGUGGGACUUUGGUGGAGCCAACGAUCGGGACCGCCGGGUUCAACGCUUAUCCGCAAGGCAAGAACGCGGUCUCGCAAUCUGCGAACGAUCAGACCGACUACACGAAGCUGAUCCCAUCGAAGCUGACGAACAAGGCGUUGACCGGCAGGAACAAGCCCGACAACCGCAUACCGUCGGCAAACCCGAUGAAGAUGGUGAUCAAGAACGGCGUGCUGAUGCCGAAACAGAAGCAGAGACGGUACAGAACCGAGAGACCAUUCGGUUGCGAGCACUGCUCGGCGAGAUUCACCUUGAGAAGCAAUAUGGAACGACAUAUCAAGCAACAGCAUCCGCAGUACUGGAGCCAGAGACCCAGAGGAGGACACUCGACCAGAGGCAGACCGCCCGCGAGUCAUCCCACCUUGCUUCAGAAUCUGGAGCAAACUGCGUCCCGAGUGACGCAGUCGUACCCUAAUAUUCUGCCUAAAGCGGUGCCGAGCGCAGAGUACUCUGCAAAACACCCUAUUUCGGACCAAGUGAAGUACGCCAUCCUGGCGCAACAGUUGAAGGCCAGCAAGGUCGCGGAGAACGACUCCGAGGAGGAGCUGGUAAUCGACGAAGAACGACAAGAGAAGGAGCAAGAGCCACAGAAGGAGAAAUGCACUAGCUUGCUGAGAGAUCAGUUGGAGGGCUUGGAAGCCGCGAAAGAGAUGGAAGUGGAGCCCGAGGAGUGUGCGAAAGGAGAGUCGACCAACACCGAGUCGGCGAACAGCGAGAAUGCAAAUGAUGAAUCAAAGAUUUCGGACUUGGAACAGUCGAUGGAAGCUAGCGAGCAAGACAAUAUUAAGACGACGUUCAAGGCCGACUCGGUGGAUGAGAAGGCGGAGAAGAUGGAAGACCUGGCUAGCGUGCCGGAUCUGUUGAAGAAUGCCAAACAGCAAUUACCGCCGUUUCAACCGCAGUAUCUGAGCGACGAGGAGGGCCUGGUCGCGUCGAACAGCGGCAGUAGCAACUCCGGCAGCGACGAGAAGUCGGAUUCCGUGAACUCGUUGAAUUCUGUCAGCACAUCACCAAAAAAAAAGAAGAAAAUGAAGAAAAAGAAGUCCGCGUACUCCAUGGCGCCGAACCGAGUUAUUUGUCCCUUCUGCGAGCGGGCAUUCCCGUGGACGUCUUCUUUAAGGCGACACAUCCUGACGCACACGGGCCAGAAACCCUACCAAUGUGUGCAUUGUUCCCUCCUUUUCACCACUAAAUCAAAUUGUGAUCGCCAUCUGUUGAGGAAACACAAGACGAACCCCAACAAGAUACGCAGGGUCAGGAACUCCUCUUCGCCGGACAGCCAGGCGGUCAUCAACAACAACAAUUCGUUCUCAAUGAGAAACGUGCCCGAACGGCCUUAUAAAUGCAAUUUAUGUCCUAGCUCAACCUUUUCAACCUUGGGCAAUUUGAAGAAGCACCGCUCGACGAAGCACGCUCGCAAGCUGAAGUCUAGAUCCGACACUCCGUCCAGCGAACCUCAAAACAGUCCUCAAGAAUGCUCGAAGCAGAACGAACAGACUGAUGACGACAGCCAAUCGUCGAGCGUCUCCGAGAGCAUGGACACCACGCCGGUGUCCGGAGUAUCCAAAACGAAUGUGAACACCUCGCCGACCAUCAACGAAACGCCCAGAUCCCGAAGACCUUCUCCGAGGUCGUCGCCUGGUCCCAGCGAUGUACCCUUCAAGUGCCACCUGUGCGACUGCGGCUUCUCCGAGAGGCAAGAUUGCUUGGAGCACAUCAAGAUGAAGCAUAAGAAAUCGUACGCGGUGCUGAUGGCGAAGGGUGCACUGGAUAUGGACAUUGAUACCGUUGAAGAUCAUCAACAGCCGCCGCCGCAACACCACCCCAGCGACGGCGAAGAGAAGAGAGGCCGCUUCCCGGACUACAGCAAUAGAAAGGUUGUCUGCGCCUUCUGUAUGAGACGAUUCUGGUCAGCGGAGGACUUGCGCCGGCACAUGAGGACGCACACGGGCGAGAGACCGUUCUCCUGUGACAUCUGCUGCCGGAGGUUCACGUUGAAGCACAGCAUGCUGCGGCACCGGAAGAAGCACGAGUCGGUGGACUCCCCCAUGUACGUGGGGACCAGCGGCGACGAGGAAAACUCGCCCACUCAGCCACCCACCAUUACACCUAGGACUGAACAGCAACAAAAAUCACCUGUUCUGGUAACUGGCAACACGGGCAGUUCUAGGAUACAGGAACGAAUCUCGCUUCCUAACGUGGCCCCCGUUGCCACGGGGGACGCGGCGCCCAGCGGACUCGUACGAUUCCACCCUUACAGGAACUUGGCGUCCCUAACGAGGAAAGUGAACACCGCCCCGCAAAACACGAACCUGGAUGCCGGCGAGAGCACGGAUAACGAUCUGAUCUCAAACCUCCUGGGCAUCCCGGAUAAGAAUUUCAUCGACCGAGUGCUUCAAGCGUCCGCAGAUGACGCCGCCAAACUUCUCGGUGUGAAGCACAGCCAUGAGUGAAAUCGCGAUCCCUGUCACCUGGACAAUUCACGAUCGUGCCUUAGAUUGUUGCCCUCCACGCAAGGGUGGCUUUGGUACAGUUGACAGCGCUGGUUCUCUAGCCCCUGCGAAUUUUAAAAACGAUGCAUUGACACGUUAUCGUUGGUAAAAAGCCGUUGAGAUCUUACGAUCUAUGGCUAGUGAUGCUAUCGCACGAUUGGUGGCGCUCAGAUUACGAUCUCGAUACUAAUUAUACACACAAACCAGUGCCGUUAAUUGUACCAAAGGAUGGAAGCGUGAACGCGCGUUACUUCGAUGAGUCUUAGAAACUUUUAGACAGAACAGAUAUGUGCCUAGAAGUUUCUAAGACUCGUCGAAGUAACGCACUUCCGUCCUUUGGUACAGUUAACACAGCAAGUAGUACUUUUUGUUGUUAUCGUUCGGGUUUUCGCGGUGGUGGGAUUCGAAGAUCGGGAACUGGUUAGCACCCUGCCGCUUCAUCUCCGAAGAUAUGCAUAAGACAUUCCUAACAAUAUUCUUCUGUUUCAAUUAAAAUUUGAAUAGCAUUGUUCAGUUGUUAGUCGUUGUAGAUUCGGUUUAGAUUGGCGUGAAUCUUUCGUUGCUUGUCCAAGUUAUGUCCACUGGGCAUUAAAAACCGUCUGAAUCCCACCACUGGCUUCAGGUCACGGUGAAAGUACCAUCCUCUAAUCUCAGCUCUUCCUUAAUCCUUAAUCCGAAAAUAACCCUGUUCGACCAACUUUAAUUUCCGCCUCUCAGCGGGGAAUAACCUUCCGAUGGUGCUUUCAGACGAUGAUAAAAACGCCGGCAUCGAUAAGAGUGAAAAGUACAUCAUCCUAUUUGAAAUAAUUAAAAUAAUGAAACAGCGGGAAAGAUCUCGUCGGGUUUCACCGUGGAAAGAGGAGAAAACGAUCGAUUUCGUAAUCGCAGCGCCACCAAUCGUGCGAUAGCGUCACUACCUAUAGAUCGUAGGAUCUCAAUGGCUUUUCUCCAACGAUAAUGUGUCUACACAUCGUUUUCGAAAGCCGCGGGAGUUUCGAAACGCGGUUAGUGUGUAAUUACAUCUCUCUCUCUCUGUCCCUCUCUCUCUCUCUCUUUCUAUAUCUAUCUAUCUAUCUCCAUCUAUCUAUCUAUCUAUCUAUCUAUCUAUCUAUCUUUCUCUAUCUGUAUUAUGUACAUAUCAAUAUUUCUGCACGUGUAAGUGAUAUAGAAGAAGCGAUGUCGUACGUCAGAAACGACAAGCUAUCGUCCAAAGAUACGUUGUACGCAACGAAUUAAUUAAAUGUUCUUCUAUUUAUUGUUUACAAUAUACUUAGAGUCGGGACUGGAGAGGAUAUCUCUUCCACGUAGGAGGGAGCAUCUCUCCCACGUAGGAGAGAACGUUAGUCUCGAUGUUAAUUCGAAAAAUAUAGAAGUAUAAAUACAUAUAAAUAUAUACAUAUGUAAUAAUCUACUUCUAUUCUGUCGCGUACAGAUCUACUUGUAUAUAGAUAGCUUAAUUCAUAAUUUUUUGUAGGUGUAUAUUUCGCAUCGUGGAUAGUUAACAUGAAUGAGUUCUUCGCGGAGGAAACGAUAUUUAAAAGCCAUUAUACCAAAUAGUCGAGUCACGGUUCGCUGGCAGAUAACUUUUACGGAUCGAACCGAGCCGAUAAAACAUUUGUAUUUCCUAGUUACAUACCUUCCUUUUCUUUUUUUACCCACCGCCUCUAUUCCCUUCAGUUUUCGUGCAAUCUCUCUUCUUCGUUCACACCGUGCAGCCCUUUUGCAUUUCAUACAAGUAAACAAAGUUACUACUGCUUCGACCAAUGAGGACCCGUGGCACUGAAGCCAGAACUAUAAUGUGACUAGACGAGCGAGAUAAUUGCCACCGUAAUGUUAAGGUUAAGCGUUGUUCUAGGAUUAUGUAUGAACAAUUGGGUGUAUCGAUUUCUGUACAAUUUAUGCAAACCUUUAGAAAAUGUUCGAGAAACAAAAUUCGACGAUUGUGCUUCAAUAGUUGGUUCUUCGAAGACUUUUAAAAGUACUAGUAUAUUUUCUCUAUUUAACCAGUGAGUUUAGUGCAAUUUUGAAUGUGUUUUUCUAUGAUCACAAAAAUAUUAUUAAUUAAAAAUUCUAAUUAAAAAUUCGUACUUGCCAUUCCGGUGAUUUAUUUGAUUUGAAUUGAAUUAAUCGUAUUGAAUUGAAUCUGAAAUAAUAAAAAACGUUAUUCUAAAUCUUAUGAGAUGUCGAUACAUCACAAAAUGUUAUAUGUAUAUGAUGAUAUAGAUCUAUUUAUUAAAUAGGAGAAUACGUUCAAAUCUUUGAAGUGACAGUUUUUCUUGCUUCAAAUUUAACAAAUUUAAGCUAUAAAAUAAUUAUUGUAGUUCACAUGUACAUGAUUAUGUUGUAUUCUUGUUUAAACUUUGCCUACGAAUAAGAAUAUACGAUAUCAAAGACAUUAAA